AUGUCCGAGUCCAAGCUCAAGUCCAGACCCGAGGUCAUCGCGAUCCUCAACGGCCUGAAGAAGCGGAAUGCGCUCAAGAAGAUGGUCGAGAUGGUCAUGAUCUACAUGAGCGAGGCCGGGCGCGUCGCGGUGUUGGUCUCUCGCGGGAUGCACAUAGCUCAGAGCUUAGCCGUCGCCGAGCACAAAGACGAAUCCGACAUAGCCAGAGAUCUAUUCAUAAUAGAAUACGAACUCCUCGAAGCGACCAAACCCGAGAUCCCGUCGUUCACCGAGAUCAAGGCGGACUACAUCGCGUUUGCGGACUACUGCAUCGUGUCGAUGCCGCCCGACCCGACGAUCGAGCAGCAGAGAGCCGUGUGGAGCGACGGGCUGAAGAAGUGGGAGAAGUCUGUCAGGACUUGGGCGGAUCUCUGGGCUAUGUGGGGGGAGCCGUGCCACUCGAUCUUUGAGUCCGGACCAGAAGAGGAGGAGGGCCAGUCGGCGAGCGAGACGGGGUCGACAGGUCAGGGGCUCAUUGAGUCAGCUACGCGGAUCGCAUCUGGCUCCGAAACAAUCCAGUUGCGCAAAGAGAUACGCACAGCCAACUCGGCCAGCGCCUCUUCAUUUAACACAGCCGACCCUCUCGUCACAACGCCGUCCGGAGGCGUACACCCAUCAACCGGGUCGAAUCCUGGUCACGACACUCCGAAACCGGCACAAUCAAAGUCGUCGAAAAAGAAGGGAGGCAAAGCAAAAAAUAAGGGAAAGGGAAAAGCAUAA